AUGCUGAAAAAGGAAUUUGAAAUGAAAUUUCUUGGACCAGCCAAGAGGAUUCUUGGCAUGGAAAUUACAAGGACAAUGGAAGAUAGACAUUUGUCACUAUCCCAGUCUGAGUAUGUCAAAAAGGUUAUAAGAAUCUUUGAGAUGCAUUUGUCCAAGCUUGUUAGCACUCCAUUAGGUGCUCAUUUUAGGCUCAAAUCUGUUUCUGGAGAAUUAUCUCCUGAAGAAACACAAUACAUGUCAUUUGUUCCCUAUUCUAAUGUUGUUGGGUGUCUAAUGUAUGCUAUGAUUGGCACAAGGCCAGACAUAGCAUAUGGAGUUAGCAUGAUAAGCAGGUUUAUGAGUAAACCUUGCAAAGAGCAUUGGAGUGCAGUUAAAUGGUUACUUAGAUACUUUAAUGGAUCUAUCAAUUGCUGUUUAAAUUUUUCUGCAUUUGACUCUAAUGAUUUUAAUAUUGUUGGAUAUUGUGACUCUGAUUAUGCUACUGAUCUUGAUAAACGUAGAUCACUAACUGGUUUUGUGUUUACUGUGGGAGGUAAUGUGGUGAGCUGUAAAUGCAAUCUUCAGCACAUAGUGGCAUUAUCAACAACUGAGGAUGAAUAUGUGGUAUUGACUAAAGCUGUCAAGGAAGCCAUAUGGUUAAAAGCUGAAGUUGGACUUUUGUACAUUAAGAAACACAUCCAAAAUGUCAACUUUUUGGUGUGA